GUGUCUGAAUAAACAAGGCUGGGAAAACCUCACCUGUGUUUGACGUUUUCAUCAGCGACGAAAAAGUGCCACCUUCCGGCUUUAGAGCGCCGCUUCCCUGUGAUUGUGUCCAGAAUUUGGAAAUUGGAAGAAAUAACAAAGAACUGACACAGUUGUUCACGCCGAAGUCGAGGGAAGGUUUUGAUGCGACUAUUUGCUGUUCAAAGACCAAGCGAUGUCUGCGGUGUUUGACGGGAACCCGCUGAAAGCGAUGCAGAGCUCACAAGUUCAUACGACGCAGACCGCGCUGAGUACACACGAACUCUCUCAGGAGAUCAAGUCUUUUAUCAGCGGCGUUGAUGCUGUUCAGGGCCGAAAGCUCAGUGUCCGGGAACAUGCUCGCUGUGCUGUGCGGCUGCUACGCUCGGUCCCAGCCUGUCGAGGUGCCGUGCUGGAGCAUCUAAGGAGUGUGUAUGAUGAACAUGUUAAUGCUUUUCUGCACAACCUGGAGACAGAGGGGGAUGCCAGCUCUGGGGUCAGCGCCAACCUGGAGGACAUCAUACAGGAGGUCCAUGGUGUGCUUUUAGAGUUCAUUCGCCUCAACCCCCGGGCCUGGGCCCCCCUGGUGUCUACCUGGGCUGUGGACUUGUUGGGCCAGCUGAGCAGCAAGCAUGCUGGCCGCAGGGUGGCCCCCCACUCCUCCAGCCUCAACGAGCUUCUCCAGCUCUGGAUGUCGUGUGCUGCCACCCGAUCCCUUAUGGAGGCCUACUCUCAGUGUCUGGCUGCGAUGCUGGCCUGGUGCCCAGAUGCCUGUGUGGAUGCACUGUUGGAUACCUCAGUCCAACACUCCCCACAUUUUGACUGGGUGGUGGCUCACAUUGGGUCUGCCUUCCCUGGUACUAUCAUCAGCCGAGUCUUGGCAUGUGGACUUAAAGAUUUCUGCUCUCAUGGUGUCAAGGACCAAGGGAUAAUGGUGAUGGGAGUGGAUAAAGGCAACAGAGUGCCCAAAAUUGGCUCUGUGGUGGGAAUUCUUGGGCACCUUGCAGCACAUCACUCAGACAGCAUCAGGAAGGAACUUCUCAGGAUGUUUCAGGAGAGCCUGAGUCCAUCCAGCCCUCUUUCUCCCACUUCGUCCUCCACUUCCUGGGAAAGUUCCCCUCAGCUUCGUCGAGCUGCAGUACCGUUUCUGCUACAGCUGGCUGCAAUGUCCCCCAACCUCUUUGGCGCUGUGUCUGCAGACCUUGUAGAGCUCUUACACCCCCCUAUCCUUCUCCAGCUGCAGGCCUUACUGCAGGGCCUUCCCAGAGAGGAACUGGAUAACAUGCUGGGUCUUGCUGUUCACCUCAUUAGUCAGAGUCCAUCAGGAGGUGCCCGGGUGCUCCGUUUCCUGGCCGACACUGCAACUCCCGCAUCAGUCAUCAUUUCUGGCCCAACACCCUCCCCACAUGAAGGAGUCAGAGAGGGUUGUGACCGCCUCCUUCAAAUGCUGCUUCUGCAUCUCCACAAAUUGGUCUUCAACCGCUCAGAUGGAGAAGGAAAUCCCCAUAAGUCUCAUCUCUCUCAGCCCCAGAGGGUGAUCCCCUUCUUGGAGGAGCUGCAGUCUCAUGUGGGUGAGCUCUGUGCUGAGACACUGCGGCUGGAAAGAAAACGUCAUCUCUGGCUACAUCAGCUUCUGUGUCUCCUGUCUGUCUAUGGGGGUCCGACUGUGGCCACUGAGGCCCUCUGCCAGUUACUCACGCAGGCUCGCAACCUAGAGGAGCUGGCUCUGGCCUGGCAGCUUCACACCACGCUCUCUUCAUGCAUGGCUGGACUCAUUCCUGCCGCUAUAACUCACUGUGUGGCCCAGAUCCACACACACAUCCUGGGGCCUCGGCAGUUGAGACAGCUGCUGCUUAAUCUGGCUGUAGCCAUCCAGAGUCAGGAUGAGGAGAGAAGAGGAUCAGUGGGCUCUCAGUCUUCCAUGGCCAUCCAAGUGUGCUCAGCUGUCUCAGGACACCUCCAUGAUUUUGGCCCACUUCUUCUCCAUGGUGACCCAGCUGUAUCGCAUGCCACAGUGCGCCUUCUGUCCUGUAGCCCCCUCCCACGUACCUCCUCCCCAGCACACUUGCUUCUGCUUUCCCGGGCUGCUGUCAGUCAUUUCUUUCUGGCGCUUCGGAGAAGAGGAGAAGGGGCGAAGGGAGGUAGAGAUGGCGGACAGGCAGCUGAAGCGGUGAACUAUACUGUCUUGCUCCUGUCUCGUUUAGCUGCGUACUCCCCUCUUUCUCUCAAGGCAGUGCUUCAGCAGCUGGUUGAGGGAGCACUUCAUAAAGGAAAUGCUGACCUCUUUGGAGGGCAGAUUGCAGACAUGUCAGGUGCUCCCCUGCCUGUCCCCUCUGUGUCCCCUGAUGUUGGAGCCUCCCUUCUGGACAUCAACUGUCGGUUCGGCACCACUGUCAACUUUUCUGGCAGCGUGUGGUCUGUAUUUCACGCAGGGGUAAUUGGGAAGGGGCUUAAGGUCCGCACUGCCACACAGCUGCCUGACCCAUCUGGGGUCAUCCAGAACAUCCAGACUCUGAUUGUUGUCGUAGUCCAGUGUUGCAGUUCCUCUGGUCUCAAUGGCUCCAUCAACGGCUCACGACCUUCUGACCCUGAUGAGCCACCACCCAUCAAUGCUGAGGCAGCCAAGGUUGUUGCAAUCACCCUUGUAGAAAGUGUCUGUCCCGAUGUGGCCAAUGGGGAGUUGUCUUGGCCCCCAGAGGAGCACGCCCGCACCACAGUGGAGCGAGACAUCCACAUUCGACGUUGCUUUGAAGCCCACCCGGUGAUAUUUCCUUUACUUCAGGUGGUGGCAGCUGGACGGCCGGCUCUCUGCUACUGCUCAGCUGUGCUCAGAGGCCUCCUGGCUACUCUUCUGGCCCACUGGGAAGCGUCCCGUGAGAUUUCAUCCACAGACUCCCCAUGGCACCUCCAGGCCUCCUGCCUCCUGGUGUCCUGCAUGGGAGAAGGCCAGCUCCUGCCUCCUGUGCUGGCCAAUGUCCAUGAAGCCUUUCCCCACCUCACUCCCUUUGAGGUGCGCCUACUACUCCUGGCUGUAUGGGAGUAUGUGAGGGGCAAUGGACCGAUGCCCCAGAAGUUUGUCUUCAGCUCAGAGAAGGGCCUAUUCUGCCGGGAUUUCUCACGGGACGGUGACGUGGCAAGAUACGUGGUGCCAAUUCACAGUGUCUUACAUAAAAACAUUGACAGAUUAGGACAUCUGUGUUGGCGGUUCCAGCUCUAGAAUGUAGUAAGGAGCAGAUUGGGAAGAGUGGACCACUGGAAACAAAUGGAUGCAGUAAAAUAGGUGUGGUACUGCUAGAUUACUCCAAGAGCAGACUGCAAAGUUGCUAUCACUGUAUUUCAGUUUCAUACAAGUUACAUGCAUCAGUUUGCGUGCGUGUGUGUGUGUGUGUACAUUUUGUAUCAUAUUUUUCAACUUUUCUAACAAGUUAUUGUGAGGAAAAACAAACGGGUGGGAGAUAUGUCACAUGUAUUGUACAUUGUGCUAAUACAAAAUGCCAUCCACAUAGAGGAGAGCCUUUUUAUGUUUAUUUGGUUGGAACAUACAAUUUGUCACUUAUAGACAUUUCUGUAUCAUCUUCAGGUUCCUCAUGUUCUACAGUUAUGGCUGUAGUCAUUAUCUGCAUCUCUUGUUUCAUGUCCCACCACUUCACAGAAUAAAUCCUCAUUUGUUCAUUGAA